GGUUGCCUGAUACGCACGUACAUGUAUAUAUACAAUUUAACGACUAUGCAGACCUGAAGCCGCUAGUUUGAUUUCAACAGUAUACCGAUUGCCGACAAAUUAUAUAUCUCCAUAGUUGCAACAGAUAAGAAUUGAGAUAUAAUGGAAAAAAUGGGACCACAUCCACCGCCACCACCUGGUUUUGUUCCAGCACCACCACCACCACCAACUGGCAUCUAUCCACCACCUCCGCCGUAUCAGCCAUCCGGAGAACCAAGUACUGUUGUGAUAACUCCUAUGCAAUUUGGUUCAGAACCGCAGCAUGUAAUAUGUCCUCAUUGUCGGGUGCAUGGCCGCACGACAAUUGAAACUGGAGCAAAUACAACAACUCAUCUUUUCGCAUUACUACUAUGUAUUUUCGGACUUUGGUGUUGUGUUCCCUGUCCUUAUUGCAUGGACAGUUGCAUGGCAAAAAAACAUUAUUGCAGUAAUUGCAAAAUGUAUUUGGGAGAAAGUAAAUAAUGUACUGAAACUACUAAGGUACAUAAGGAAAUAGCUAAUCAAAGCUAUUUCCUUAUAUAAUAUAUAUGUAUUAUAAUACAUAUUAUUGUGAUUUUCUAUAAAAUGUAAACAAUAUUUUAUAUAUGUAUAAUUAAUAGAUGAGUAAAUCUUUGCUCAAACAUAUGUUAAUCAAUUAAUGAACUUAAUUUAUAAUUCUGAAUGUGAAUGAAGUUCAAACACAAUAAUGCUGUUUACUAAAAAAUAUAAAGUACACGUAUACAUUUCAUUAAAAUUUUUAUGAAAAUUAAAGAGUAAAAUUUAAA